AUGAGUGAUGUGGCACUGUACGAGGCCGCGAAAGCGGGCAAGCGGGACGAGGUACUCGGUCUUGUGCAAGGUGGCGCCAAAGUGAACGCGCGCAUUGGCAAGGACGAGACCUCGGCGCUGCAUAUUGCGGCCGCUUACGGCCACGUCACGAUCGUCGAAGUGCUUCUCAAGGCAGAUGCGAGUCCGAUGCAGACCAACUUGGACGGGAUCACGCCGCUGCACAUUGCAGCAACGAAUGGCUCGGCGCCGCUCGUGACGGCACUCUUGGCUCGCCCCAUGAUCAACAUUCACGCACUCGACAACACAAAGACGACACCUCUGCACGGCGCGACCAAGAACGGACAUGCGCACAUCGUUCAGCUGCUUCUCGCGGCCGGUGCGCUCGUCAACGUCUCCAAUAGCACGCAAUGGACCCCGCUGCACUUGGCCGCUCGACACGGCAAUGUAAGCGCCGUCGAGAAGCUCUUGGCUGCUGGGGCAAAGAUUGACGCGCAGAAAAGUGACAAGUGGACACCACUGCACUUGGCGGUCUGCAACACGCAAGAGGGUGUUGUGCCGCUGCUGCUCGCGGCCGGCGCCAAUGUCAACGCCCGGGAUGCGCGUGAGUCGACACCCUUGCACGAGGCGACCAAGAAUGACAACCCGACCAUUGUUGCGGCUUUGCUCGCCGCUGGCGCCACCGCGACGGCGAGUGACAGCAACCUCUGGACGCCACUUCACUUGGCGGCGCGUAAAGGCAACAGUAGCAUCAUUAAAAUGCUCUUGGCUGCCGGGGCAGUUGUGGACGCACAAAAAAAAGAUCAAUGGACGCCAUUGCACCUGGCCGUCGGCAACGGCCAUGAGAGUGUCGUGUCAUUGCUGCUAGCUGCUGGCGCCACCGUGAAUGCGCGCAACAGUGAGGGUGAAUCACCGCUCUUUCUCGCCGCUCAAGGAGGUCAUGCAAGCAUUGUCAAGCAGCUUCUGAGGGCAAACGCCAACCCGUCCGUCGGAAACAACACCGGGGCGACACCUCUGUACGUUGCCGCAGCCAACGGACAUGCGUCGGUGGUCCAACAACUUGUCACCGCCAAGGCCGACAUCAAGGCUGUGACCAACACAAAAGACACGUCGCUGCAUGUUGCCGUCGUGCAUGAGCAUCCCCGCGUCGUCGAGCGGCUUCUGGACGCGGGUGCAGCCGUUGACGUUCAGAACAACACGGGCGACAGUCUGCUCCACUUGGCCGUUCAAAGUGGCCAGCAUGUCAGUCUGAACCUGCUGCUUGCUCAUAGUGCCAUUGAUGUCUAUCGCCGCAACAAGUCCUCGGAGACGGCGCUUCUUCUCGCCAUCAAGAGACUUGACUUGUCGAUGACGCACAACCUGCACCGCGCGAUGCGUCAGCGGCCGCGCUAUGUUGCUUCCGCAGAUCUCAUCGUCGACCGGCAUAUUGCGCUCGGCGAAAGCAAAGGCAACAUGGUCUACCAAGGCACGUUCGCCGGUUCGACGGUCGCCAUCAAAACGGCGCUCUUUCCGUCCCACGCACAGAGUCUCGUGCACGAACUUGAGGCUCUGCUGCGCUGCGACUCGCCGUACCUCAUGCGGCUUUUGGCGGUCGCCGAUCAAGACACGCCAGCACCCAAGCUCGUCUUUGAGGUCAUGGACGUCGGCAACCUCCGCAUGUACCUCGACAAGAAGCGCGAGCAUCUCUCGCUUGAGGUCGACUACUCUCUGCUCGAUGUUGCGUGGGUCGUGGCCAAUGGCCUCGCCGAUCUCCAUCGCCAAGGUCUGCGCCACCGCGACCUCAAGAGCUCCAACAUCCUUCUCUCGACCACCAACUACAUCAAAGUCGGUGGUCUCGGACUUGCGUUCUCGGCGUCGACUGCGCCAUCGUCACCAACGCGUAAUGGUGGCAUGCCGUUCUGGACGGCCCCCGAGAUGCUCCGGAAAGGCCAGACGCAUACGGACAAGGCGGACAUUUACUCGUUUGGGAUCAUUUUGAUCGAGUUGGAGACGCUUCAGCUGCCGUACGCGACGCAGGACAUUGACGACUGCACGUUUCGAGGCGACGUGCGCGAUGGAAAGCUGCAGCCGAGUCUCAGUACCACGUGUGCGCCGUGGCUCCGCGACCUCAUUUCUCGCUGCAUCGCGUACAACCCGUCGCAGCGUCCAUCGGCCCAAGAGAUUGUCGAUCAGCUGCAGAGUCGAGCCAAAGACUAG